GUGCAUAGAACCAACCAACCUACAAUAAAUCAGAAGUUAUUGUGCAGUGCAGGAUUAUCAAUCAAUGAAUCAAGGAUGAGUUUAAUCAAGCCAAAAACCGAGAAGCUUCUGAAAAGAUUAACCAUUGUCGCAACUAUUACUGCUUCUUAUUUUCUCUUAACCGCUGAUUAUGGCCCCAGACCCAAUGCUCUUGACCCUAUUAAAAAGCAGCUACUUUCAGCACAGAACACUGUGAAAGAAUAUAUUUUUGGAUCAAAAACAGAAUCUCAAGAAAAGCACAUAGAGAAAUUGGACAGUAACAAGGAUCAUCCAUAACUUCAUGGUAUCAUGUAAAUGAAUAUUAUUCUGAGUAAAAGUUUUCUUUUAGCCAUGUGAACUCCGUAAAUGUUUUCAAUCUAAUGUUCGAUUGACUACGGGCCGAGGAUUUGUACUCAUGUUUUAGGGUGCAUCCCAUUUCCCCUAACCUCCCUUUUUUUCCUCUUAAAUCAUGUAUUUGAAUAUCUUCCUCCAUGUUGUUUGUUUCUCUUCCCUUUGUGUUUUCCUUUUAUAUCUGGAUUUGUGAGUUAUGAAAAUGUAAUUGACAAGGUUUUCCCCUUAUAAUUUGGGACAAAAAAAAUGGGUUUUUUUUCCUUUUA